GAAGCAAGUGCGCAUGUGCACGCUUCAGCCCCAACCCCCUUGCUCUGCGCAGCUCCCUAGAUCAAGGCCGUGUGUGACCUGUGCAGACUGACCUGGAGCCCAUAGGCGCAGUUUCCUGGGUCGCUGGGACCUGAGCCGAUGCCUAGGAAGCAUCUGUACCCCAGCGGCCUGUCCUUGGUCUAGCUGACCUGUCAGAAGCGGGGUGGCCGGUCCAUCAUCUUCUGGACCUGCAGCGCACCAGGCUCCAGGGAGGGGCGAGAGUCCAUUGCAGAUUUCGGGAUACAUAGCAGCAGGAUGUCAGAGACCACGGCCAUGAACCUACUAGAGGAUUGGUGCCGAGGGAUGGAAGUGGACAUCCACAGGUCCUUGUUGGUCAUUGGUAUUCCGGAGGACUGUGGCCAAGCAGACAUUGAAGAGACCUUGAAUGCUAUUCUCUUGCCGCUGGGCACAUACCGUGUGCUGAACAGGAUCUUUCUGAGGCAUGAAAAUGUUAAGGCUGCGCUUAUUGAGGUUAGCGAGGGUGUGAAUCUGAGCUCCAUACCGCGCGAGUUCCCGGGAAGGGGCGGUGUUUGGAGAGUGGUCUGCAGAGAUGCCACGCAGGACGCAGAGUUUUUGAAAAACCUGAAUGAAUUCCUAGAUGCGGAAGGGCGCACCUGGGAAGAUGUGGUACAUUUACUGCAACUUAACCAACGCCCAGCAUUGCAGAAUCGAAGCCAGUCUUUGCAGAAUUGGGUAGGAUCUUUGGGGAUGCUCCUGGGGGCCGUCAUGCCAAUCAUCCUCCGCAAGGACGCUGGGAUCCGUAGUCGGGAGGAAGCCAGAGCUGAGGAGGCCACUGAGGCCGAGUUGAUGGCAGGUUGGGUUUCAGCGAGGACCAAGAUAAAGAAGGAGCCAGGGCUUUGUGUAGAUGUGAGCUCUGCCUUGAAGAUGGAGGAUUGCAACCGUUGGCGCAGAACAGAAGACCACCGUGACCCCCUGAAACCUCUGGUUGGCAGGUCUGGAGGUAAGAUUCGCUCCAGGAGAAGGAAGCAGAGGAAAAAUCCUAAGCAGCAACCAAUAUGCUGGUCGAAACCCAAAAGUGAUGGUCCGAAGAAUACCACUUAUUUGGAAGAUUCUGGCACUUCUGCGGCUCAAAGCCUGUUGAUCUCAGAAUCUGUCAAGAGCAACAAGAAACCCUUUGUGAAGCAGGAACAGACAGCUUGGAAGAAGAAAAGAGCCUGGAAGGUUCCCAGGGAUCUGCCUCAGGAUGCCAGGCUUGCAGGAGAGAGGUCUGAAAGUCCAGAGAUAUCAAACCAAGAUGAUGGUCCCAAAAGCCCCCCAAAGAAGAGGGCCGUGGACUGGAUCUCAAACAGGAUCCCCAGCCCCAUGAGGAAGAAGAAAGUGGGCCUGGGCCCUGUCUCUUAUGUUCUGGUUGAUUCCGAAGGCACCAAGAAAAAGCCAGUGAUUCCAAAGAAAGGGCCUGGAUUCCGGAGAGGUGUGGUGGCUCAGAGGGCUCCCCAACCUGCCGAGGCACCUGCUUCAGUAUCCAGGGCUCAGAAGGCCAAGGCAGGAGGCUUCCCUCAUGUCUCCAAAGAUUCUAGAAAACUUUAAUUCGGGGAACCAUGUACCUGGAGAGAUGAAAGAAGACCGAGGAGGAAGUUUCAAGUUAGGAACAAACUUUUUCUUUUGGUUGAAUGAAAACACAACUUUGAACUGUCUGGGAACCCAGUGUAUCGGGGCCUGACUUGUGCAGGUAAAGGCUGUAAGGUCUUAGGUGGUGGUGGUGGAACUGGUGAUGAGGGGGUGGUCUCUCUCUCUCUGCCUUUCCCUCUGUUGGGGCUACUUUUCACCUCUGUUCACUCUCAAAGAUGGAUGAGGUGAGAAGUAACAGUAAAAUUCCAGAAACUUCUAUCUCUUUUACCCAUGGGAAGGAUCAGUGUUAUGCUCACCCACAUCCACCAUUCCUUCCCUUGCACUCCCUGCUUCCUCUUCGGGAGACUCAGCCCACACGGGUCUGGAAGAGCAGGGUGGCUUGCUUCUUGUACUGUGAGCUGAGGGUAGGUCAGGCCCUGAUGGAAGCAGGCCUGCUUUCCUUGCUACCUUCAUUUUUCAACAUCUGUCCUCUAGUAGUCUAACCAGAAGUCAGUUAGGUCCCCAGAAUUAGCUCUGGAAAAAACCAAAUAUCUACCUAUAUCCUUGAGUCGUUAAAGAAGAUGGGGUCUGGGAGAUGGCACAGUGGGUAAGAGCUCUGAAAACAAGGGCCUGAAUUCGAAUCCCUAGAACUCAUAUAAAAAGACUGGUAUGGCUGUCCAAGCUUGUAACAUCAGCACUGGGGGGUGGUGACAGGUGGAUCCCGGCCAGCCUAACCAAAAAGGUAAGCUCCUAGUUCAGUGGGUGACUCUGUCUCAAGACAAAAGG